CUCUCCCUCCACACCCUUUAAAAAAAAUAAUGUCUCUCAUAUUGGACUCUCCUCCAUCGAUGGAGCUUAAAGUUAAAGACGAGAACAUUGGCGCCGUGGCUUUCGACCCUGUUUUGCUUCAGAAACAAGCAAACUUGCCUACCAAGUUCAUUUGGCCUCAAGGGGACUUAGUUCACGCUCAGAAAGAGCUUGACGAGCCCCUGGUGGACCUGGGUGGGGUGAUUAGAGGUGACAAGAUGGCCACUGCUCGCGCCGUUGAGCUCGUGAGGGCAGCUUGCUUGAGCCAUGGCUUCUUCCAAGUCACCAACCACGGUGUUGACGCGAGUCUUAUCCACGCCGCAUAUGAUGAAAUCGAUGCCAUUUUCAAGAUGCCCCUCAACAGGAAGCUCCGACUUUGCAGGAAACCUGGCUGUAUGUCCGGAUAUUCAGGCGCCCAUGCGGAUCGCUAUUCCACUAAGUUGCCAUGGAAGGAGACGUUUUCCUUUGGGUACCGUGGGAAUGACUCCCAACCAAUCGUAUUUAACUAUUUCAAGUCUGUCUUAGGAGAAGAUUUUGAACAUACAGGUUGGGUUUACCAAAGAUACUGUGAAGCGAUGAAGGAAGUUUCUCUAGUGAUUAUGGAGGUGUUGGCAAUUAGCUUGGGUGUGGACCGGUUACAUUACCGAAAAUAUUUUGAAGAUGGAAGCUCAAUAAUGAGGUGCAACUCCUAUCCCCCUUGCAAAAAUUCGGGACUCACGCUCGGCACCGGUCCUCACUGCGACCCCACCUCCUUGACCAUACUUCAUCAAGACCAAGUUGGAGGGCUUGAAGUGUUUGCAAAUGACAAAUGGCAAGCAAUUCGACCCAGACCAGAUGCCCUUGUCAUUAACAUUGGUGAUACCUUUAUGGCCUUAUCGAAUGGGAGAUACAAGAGCUGCCUGCAUAGGGCAGUGGUGAACAGGGACAAGGAGAGGAGAUCGUUGGUUUUCUUUGUGUGCCCAAAAGAGGACAAAGUGGUGAGACCCCCACAAGAUCUGGUUUGCGGAGAAGGGCCAAGGAAGUACCCGGAUUUCACAUGGUCCGACUUGUUGGAGUAUACACAAAAGCACUACAGGGCUGACGUUGCUACCCUCCAAAGCUUCAUCCAAUGGCUUCCCUCUGCCAAACCAUCCAACUUGUAGUUCCUUUGGCUCAUUCUCAUCAUCCAUUAAUGCUACUCGAUCUACUUCAUCAUAUAUAUUUUAUUCUUAUCUCCAAAACUCUCCCUAUUUUGUUCACAUAAGUGACUGGUGUAUAAUAGUUGUACACAAUUUCUACGCAAUGCAAAACAUAUGGGAGGGACCUAUUUAAAUGAAA